CUACUGAGAGGUGGUGUUUUGGACAUAAAAAGUGAUCCUAUAGUCCCUGGACAGCAUCUGACCUGGGAGUGGAAAUUUGCACUCCAGUACCCUUCCCCACCAGAGCUGGCACAGAAGAAAUGUCCAGCUGCCUUUCUGAGGGCAGCAUUGAAAUUGCCUAAAUCUUUGUAAAGAACAUGGCUGCAAGUAGUUGAAUUGGAACUUCUUACUACGUGCCUGUUGUCUGUCAUUGUUGUAGUCAGCAAGCAAAACCAUGCCAGCUUUAUCAACUGGAUCUGGAGGUGACACAGGUUUGUAUGAGCUGCUGGCUUCAUUGCCAGCCCAGCUGCAGCCACAUGUGGACAGCCAGGAAGACCUGACUUUCCUCUGGGAUAUGUUUGGUGAAAAAAGCCUUCAUUCGCUGGUAAAGAUUCAUGAGAAACUGCAUUACUAUGGAAAACAGAGCCCUGUACCCAUGUUGCAUGGUGCAGUAGCUUUGGCAGAUGAACUGGCUGAGGAGCUGCAGAGCAAACCACUGAACAGUGAGAUCAGAGAAUUGUUGAAACUACUAUCAAAACCCAAUCUCAAGGCAUUGCUUUCUGUACAUGAUACUGUUGCUCAAAAAAAUUAUGAUCCAGUAUUGCCUCCCAUGCCUGAUGAUAUUGAUGAUGAAGAAGACUCCGUGAAAAUAAUCAGACUUGUGAAAAAUAGAGAACCACUGGGAGCUACUAUUAAAAGGGAUGAAUCUACUGGAGCUGUUGUUGUGGCUCGGAUAAUGCGUGGAGGAGCUGCAGAUAGAAGUGGUCUCAUUCAUGUUGGUGACGAACUUAAGGAAGUCAAUGGAAUUCCUGUGUAUGAUAAAAAACCAGAAGAAAUUAUACAAAUUCUGUCCCAGUCUCAAGGAGCCAUUACAUUUAAAAUUAUACCCAGUAUCAAAGAAGAAACCCCAUCUAAAGAAGGCAAGAUCUUCAUGAAAGCUCUGUUUGACUAUGAUCCCAGUGAGGAUAAAGCAAUUCCCUGUAAAGAAGCUGGACUUCCUUUCAAAAAAGGUGAUAUUCUUCAGAUCAUGAGCCAGGAUGAUGCAACCUGGUGGCAAGCCAAGCUUGAAGGGGAUGCCAAUCCCAGAGCAGGCUUAAUUCCUUCAAAGCAUUUUCAGGAAAGGAGACUUGCUUUAAGAAGAUCCGAUGCACAGGUUCAGCCUUUGAAAAUUUCCAAUAGAAAAUCAUCUGGUUUUAGGAGGAGUUUUCGUCUAAGCAGAAAAGAUAGAAAAACUAACAAGACAAUGUAUGAGUGCAAGAAGAGUGAUCAGUAUGAUACAGCAGAUGUUCCAACCUAUGAAGAAGUAGCGAAGUAUAAACGACAGCCUAAUGAGAAAUACAGACUUGUUGUCUUAGUUGGGCCUGUGGGUGUAGGGCUGAAUGAACUGAAAAGAAAAUUGUUAAUCAGCGAUACUCAGCAUUAUGGCGUAACAGUGCCACACACAACACGAGCAAGAAGAAGUCAAGAAAGUGAUGGUGUUGAGUACACUUUUAUUUCCAAACAUUUGUUUGAGACAGAUGUACAGAAUAAUAAGUUCAUUGAAUAUGGAGAAUAUAAAAACAAUUAUUAUGGUACCAGUAUAGACUCAGUCAGAUGUGUUCUGGCUAAAAAUAAAGUUUGUUUAUUGGAUGUACAACCACAUACAGUGAAGCAUUUAAGGACAUUAGAAUUUAAACCAUUUGUCAUAUUUAUAAAACCUCCAUCAAUUGAACGUUUACGAGAGACACGAAAAAAUGCCAAGAUAAUUUCAAGCAAGGAUGAAAAAGGUGCUGCUAAACCUUUUCAAGAAGAAGACUUUCAAGAAAUGAUUAAAUCUGCACAGAUGAUGGAAAGCCAAUACAGCCAUCUUUUUGACAAAGUUAUAGUAAAUGAUGAUCUUACUACAGCGUACAAUGAGUUGAAAACAACCUUUGACAAACUGGAAAAAGAAGCCUUUUGGGUUCCAGUCAGUUGGGUGCAUUCAUAACACUAAAUAAAUAAAAUGUUUCAUAAUGUUUUAAUAUGGUACUUAGUUGGAUCUAAAUGGGCAUGUUGGGAAGUUUUCCUAGCUUUGGCAAACUGAUGCCUUUACAAACUCAGUGCAGUGGAAUGUUGAUCUUAAUGUGUGCGUGUGUAAACCUUCCUGUUUGGAAAGAGGAUUGUGGAAGCAGAAGAUCACAAUCUCACCCUAUUUUUAACCAGUUGAGUUUGCUGAUUUUUAAAGUGCAUCCUCACCUCGUGUGAUACAAACCAUUUGUAAAAUGGGUAAGAUUUGCUGUGUGAGAUUUCCUAUAAGAGAAUUGCUGAUAGAUCUUCAGUUCUGAGAUGAGUGUUGAAGUAGCCACAAAUUUUGUUAUAUCCGGUCUAAGGGUCAUCAUUUGAAAAAACUGAAAAUUGGGCAAGGUAAACAUUUUGUCAACUAGAAUAUGUAUUUGAAUUAUACUCAGUCAGGAUUUUCUGUAAGUGGAGUAUAAACUUGUCUUCCACAUUCAGACUGUCUUUGCAAGAACAACAAAUAUACCUUAGUUUGGUGGGAAAACAUUCUUGGGUAUUUUCACUAAGCAAUAAUAUUCUAUAUCUUGAGUAUUUGUAGAUUACUCUUUGGUAAGAGUCAAAGAAAUAUAAGGCUUUUAAUUGAAACAUCAAAGCUUGGAUAGGUUAGAGUAAUUUUUAUGAAAGUCAUUAAGAUAACAGGGUGGUAGGAGUAGCCUUGGUGAUAAAGGCAGUUGUGUAAAUUGAUUUUAUUUAUAUAAGUGCUUCAUUAUUUUAAAUAUAUCUUUCUAAAAAAGCCUUUGAAAAACCCAGAAACUAUUUUUAAAAAUUGAAAACUUGUAAUUAACAUUUGAGGAGCAUUCUCAUUUUACACUGGUCACAUAAAAUUGAAACCUCAAAUUGUGUUUUCUAAAAACAUGUUGUUUGCUUUUUCUUGAUUUCCUCCUGAGACAAAGUAUAUUAAUAGGUAAAAGAGAUAUACAUGUUGUGUAUAAGUGAAUUUGUCUUACCAAUAGCAUGAAAUAGUAAUGCAUCACAGCUCUGGCAUGCAAACAGGAAGCCAGUUAUUUUAUGUUAAUGUAUAAAGAGUUAGCUGUCUUAUUUAAAGGCAAAAGAAUUUAGUGAGACUAUAUAUAUUUAUGGAAAGAGGUGAAGGGGGAUAUUAAUUUUUUGAAUUUCUUGUCAAUGUGAUCAUUUAUUAAACAGAUCCGUAGGUGUCCGUGAUUUGAAACAUUAGCUUUAUAAACUCAACAUUCCAUGUAAAUAUUUUAGUUUAGAUACAGAUAAACUACGAGGUCUUUGCAAAUGUAGUCUAAAUAGAUGGUUGGCUUUUUUGGUUCAUUGCAUUUCUGUUUUUAAAUUGUAUAAUACAAGGGAAGUGCCAACAACCAAAAUGUCCUCUCUUGGAAACAUUUGCUAGUUUGAUGCAUCCUAUAGAGCUGGCACAGAACAUACACAAUCUUGAGUUUCUCAGGUUUUACUGUUUUUGGUGAGUUAAGUAUGAUUGUGUUUCAGUACCAUUUACUUGCAUGGAAAAUACUGAACUGUUUUUUUCAGGUAAAAUGUUACAUUUUUAAAAUACCACUUUGAAUAAAUCAUUGGUUCUUGUAAUUGUUAUGUUCUAAGUAUCAGAUUUCCAGAGAAUACAUUGAAAGCUAGAACUCGAGUGCCUGGUAUCUACCAAUGUUUAGUUUUUUUGUACAAGAGGAUAUAAAGUAUUUCAUUAGAAAUAUAUUUUCUUGUACGCUAGAGUCUGUUCAUGCAAUGGUUCUAUUGAGAGCAAGGAAGCAUUUGCCUGUAGGUAUCAAAUGUUGUAACAUGCUAGAGAAUCUCUGAUAUCAGUGCUGCCCCAUUACCAGUAACUGCCACCUAAAAUACAGCUUUACACAUUGUGUUUUUACUGGUAAUAACUAUUAAUCUGCAUAAUAUUAAUAGUUCUUAUUUGUGCUUAAAGAGGACAAUACCAUAUUGCUAGCUUGGAUGCAAUGACUCCUGACCUCCUUGUUUUAAUAAGACAAUCCAAAAGCUUGGGUGUGCAUGGAACUUUGCAUAAGUCAGUGCUGUGUGUUCUCUCCAAAGCAAUGGUGCACUCUGCAUGCAAGCAGGAACUAUGUGGAUCAUUCAUUAGUUUAUUUGCAUAGCAUGGGGAUAUUUUUAAAAGAUGAAUUAAUUGAAACCAGGCUUUGGCUAAAGGUAAAGCAGACUUAAAAUUGUCAGCUUCUUCAAAUUGUACUGCAUGGUUUUGAGAACUGUGUUUUCAUGGUUUAUCUUUAUUGUAUUUUUGCUGUUUUGUCAUUGUAAAGCAAAUGUUAAUCUUUUAUACUGUUGAAUUCAGAGCAAUACUUGAAGUUGUCAUCAAUUCACCUACUUAUUAUGUGCCUGAAAUACAACCUUAUCAAUAAAUUAUUGACAUCAUGUA